AUGUAUUAUGAUGUGAAUGUGAGUGAAGAUUAUUGUACAGAUGAAGUGAAAGGGCUUGAGGAAAGCGAAUAUCAGGGAUUUUGUGUUUGUAAGAAAGUGAAGGCAGGUGAGUUUAAUCGACUGUUAUGGAAACCGAAGGAUCUUGGAGUUAAGAAUGGAUGGUAUAGUAGGAUUGAGUUGGAGUUUGCUGAAGGAGAGGCAAUCAACUAUGAUCAGAAGAAGGCGAUGAAGAGUGAUGUGUUUGUAGUAAGGAUUGGAGGAGCUGAAGGGCUUGACAAGCUGAUAAAGCUGCAGCCUGACAUGAUUAGUUUUGAUUAUUCAAGCCCGGUGCUUCGACUGAAGUCUGGAUUGGUAAAAACAGCAAUGAAGGAGAAUAUUUUUUUUGAGAUUCCAAUAAGGGAGGGACUUUAUGGAGUUGAGCAGAAGGUGAUGUGGAUGAGGAAUGUGCGUAAACUGCUUUUUGUUACGAAGGGAAAGAAUGUGGUUGUGAGUAGUGGAGCAAAGAGGCUGAGUGAGUUGAAAAGAGUUAAGGAUGUGAUUUUGAUGUUACAAACGUUUGGAUUGAAGAGAAAGCGUGCUGAACAAGUGUUAUGCAAUUCUAAAAGGCUACUUGAGCAUUGUGCAAUGAGAAGGCAUUGCCACAAAGGGAUGGUUGUGACUAGUGUUGAUGAUGGAGCAUUAAAAAGAGAUUUUUUGAUGAAGAAGUAUGGAUGGUUGAUGGAUAAAGGAAGAAUAAAGGAAGUGUAG